AUGAGUCCAACGAGCCUGGCUAGUGAUGGGGAAGUCAUCUUCCACGACGAGGAGCUAGAUGCUGUCUUCAUCGGCAGAGACGACAUCAGUGACUACAAUCCAGAACAGUUACUGCCCGAACCCCCUGAAGUGAUAGAGAACAUCCGACAAUGGCUCCAACCUACCGCAUACGACGUUGCGGGAGGCGAGUUCCGCAGACACUUGUCCUCUCAUGUCGCGGGCACCGGCCGCUGGCUCACCUCGAGCGAUGCGUAUCAGAAAUGGCUGGAUAGCGAAGAGCACGGAUUGCUCUGGAUCAAGGGAAUUCCGGGAUCGGGCAAGUCCGUCAUGGCAGCCAGCCUCAUCGAUGAGCUUGCGAAAUCGCAUCCCGGCUCUCCCGUGCUCUUCUUCUUCUUCCGCCAGAUCAUCGAUGCCAAUCAUGAGCCCAGAGCCCUCUUACGGGAUUGGAUGGAUCAGCUACUCAUCUACAGCCCUCCUCUGCAAACGCAGCUCAAGACAUAUGUCGAAGCUCAUCGGGCGGUUGAAAGCGUAUCUCUGGAGGAUAUGUGGAAGCACCUUCGGCUGGCCUUUGCGAGUCUACCCGCAAGAGUCUUUUGCGUGGCGGACGCACUCGACGAAAUAGAUUGUGGCCAUGACGGCUUCCUACAAGCACUUGGGGAACUCGGCGGAUGGCGGCCAAAGACGGUCAAGGUUCUGAUCACCAGCCGUCCUGUUGCAAGCGUCGAGAUGCCACUGCGGAAGACUCCAUGCCUACACAUUCGUCUACAAGAGGAGCUGGUAGAUGUGGACAUUGCGACUUACGUCCAUUUCACUCUGUCAAGAUCCAGCAUUCCGAAGAGCGAAUGGAACGUCAUUGCGGACGCGGUGCCGGGCCGAGCGAAUGGCUUGUUCCUCUACGCCAAACUCGCUAUGGAUGCAUUUCUCGAACCGGGCGUCGAUAUCAACUCUGUCCUCUCGAGGCUUCCAACGGAUUUGAACGCCCUUUACACCGAUCUAUUAGCUGAACACGCGCAGCGAUCCGGGGUGCCGGAUGAUAUCCAGCAUCUCAUCUUGCAGUCUGUCACCCAUGCCACUCGUCCCUUGAGGCUGCUUGAGCUGGCGGAAAUGAUCAGGAUCAGUUUCCGCGGAGACUCCACGCGGGAUAUCAAAACGACAAAGGGUCUCAUAAGAGCUGCGUGCGGACCGUUGCUGGAAAUCUUACCAGAUGAGACAGUGUCGGUGAUUCACCACUCAUUCACAGAGUAUCUCAAAGGCACUACACGAUCUUCAGAGGACCUACAAGCAGGAUAUCCCGUCUUGCAUAUGGGUCCGGCCCAUGCUCAACUGGCCCUCCAGUGUAUCCUAUACCUGCAAUCGGGAUGUCUCAGCGCUGUUGCUCUGGACACAGACGAAGCUAUAGACUACCUGUCACAGGCCCAGUGGGGGUUUGGUGGCGAGCAACUCAAGUAUGAACGCAAACUGCAAGAUGCCGAAGUCCAAUUGAGGCUUCAGUACCCGUUCUAUGAGUAUGCAGCCAGUAACUGGCAUAUACACGUUGCAAAGUCCGAAGCGGCCGGUCACGAUCAAACAGAGAUCAACGCGAAGCUCAACGGACUGUUUGACGAUGGUGACAACAUGAAGGCGUGGCUGCAGAUGAGAUGGCCGGAGAACAGCAUGGGCGCCAGAAAGGUUACGAAGCUUCAUAUCGCUGCCAAGUCUGGCCUGGUCUCCUUUACCAAAGAACUGCUCUACACCUUUGACGCCGACGUAGUCGACAUCUACGAUAGAACGCCCAUUUGGUGGGCUGCAUGGGAGGGACAUGCAAAGGUUAUCAUGGCCCUCCUAGAAAGCGGUGCAAACCCGGAUAUGCCCGACAACUACUCUGGACUCAAGCCUUUGCAUGUGGCUGCCAGCAACAACCACGCUGCUGCCGUAACGGCACUGUUGGAAGCAGGCGUCGAUCCUCUGACGGAAAAGACUCUCGAUGAUCCCUGGGUCCGGUGCGGCAAUGGCGAUUCGUCUAUCGGGGACACGCCUCUGAUGUAUGCCUGCCACGAUCACCUCGAGGCACUGAAAGCCUUUCUUCCGUUCAUCAAGGACAACCUGGACGUGCUGCACCGCGCUGUGGCGUGGGCCGCCAGCGUGGGCGCCGCAAAGAACGUUACUCUCCUGCUUGAGCAGCCUGGCGUAGAUGUCAACACCGCGGUUGACGGCCAGACACCGCUCUAUAGGGCGUGUGAGAAGGUGGACGACGUCCAGGUAGCCAUGCUUCUGCAGCUCGGCGCGGAUCCUAACAUCAAAUGCGAUAUUGGCGACAAGAGUGUUGGCUAUCAGUGGCCGGAGCCCGCCAAGAUGAACUGCUUCUUUGCCUUGUGCAAUCGACAUGGAGGGGAACGAAAUGAAGAGAGGUUGCAGAAUAUCUUUCCGUUGCUGCUUCAGGCCGGAGUCGACAUUCACUACCGCACCCCCUUGGGCGAAACUGCACUUCAUACUGCAGUCAACUCGUCAGUCCUCCUCAAGCUACUCCUCGAUGCCGGGCUGGACGCAAAUGCCGCCACCAAUGAUGGAGAAAGACCUCUUCAUUACCUCCGGUCCUCAAGGUAUUCCUUGAUGCCAUCUGUAGAGCUACUGGUUGAAGAGGGACAUGCCGAUAUCAACGCCGCGACGCAUGACGGGCAGACUCCUCUCCAUGCUCUCAUCCGUAUGCUUGAAGGAGACGCCUUGACGAGGUUCUUGGCGUAUGGAGCGGAUUGCAGGGCUGCUGACAGCAAAGGCAACACGCCGCUGCAUCUCCUCAUGCAAGGAUACGGCGCCCGUGCAGAGACUGUCAGAGCUCUCCUUGUCGGAGGAGCUGAUCCCAACGCACGGAACCACGAUGGCCUCACUCCGUUGCUACUCUGCAGCUAUGUUGACGCGGGCUACAUGGACAUACUGGACGCGUUCCUCGAGUUCGGCGCCGAUAUCAAUGCAGUUGAUCGAAAUGGAAACAAUCUGCUCUUCCGUCUUCUCUCUACCUCAGAGCGGCAUUACGGCGAUGUGUCUCAGCGAUACCUUGCCCAUGUCAUUGAUCACGGGCUGUCGCCUUUUCAACGCAAUUACCAUGGCGAAACAGCCCUGCAUCAGGCAGUCAAGUACCAUGAUGCUUCCAGACCUUCCAGGCGUGACGGCGCCACUAAUAUAUCGAGACUCGAUUUCCUGAUUGACUUGCACCUCGACGUCAAGGCCGUUGACUACAGGGGAAACACUCUGCUGCAUACAUUGGCUAUGCGGAGAAACAAUCACAGCUCUUACAAUGGCAUGCAUCUCACCGCAUUCUGGCAACAGCUUCUUUCUCUCGGGCUGGACUUGGAGCAGAGAAAUCAUGCCGGGCGUACGCCGCUUCAUUAUCUUUGCGCAGCCCGCACUCACACCCUACGAUUCAAGCCGGGGACCACUAUGCCUAUUGACUUUGUGCUCUCUCGGGUGAGGGAUGUCAAUGUCCCCGAUAUGGAUGGAACCACGCCUCUCCAUAUAGCUGUGACGUGUGGAAGACUGUAUGCAAAGAAGCUGAUUGAUGCGGGUGCGGACCCUCUGGUGACUACAUAUGAAGGACUCACUCCUCUUCAUCUUGCUGCUCGGUGCAGAGACAGUAACAACGUCGGCCUCCUGCUUCAUACCAUAAGGGGGCGACAAGAGGCAGCAGCAAUUCCUGGCAGCGCCACACAGCAAACAGAUUCCGGUACUCCUCAUUCUCACAAAUCAUCGACUGCCUCACACGUCGUACAUGGAGUGAACGCAAAAGCAGUACAUAAAAACGAGAUAAUCACGCCUCUCUACUAUGCCUGCCGAUCAGGGAGACCAGAACUUGUGUCGCUUCUCCUAGACGCCGGGGCGGACGUCCACAUCGGGAACCUCCUUGGGGCUUGCCUUGAAUUUGAGGAAGAAUGCGCGUUAUGGAAUCAGCCCCGUCUUCCCCAAGAUGAUGAGGAUGAACAUGAGUAUAAUUCUCCCCUUAAACUGACAGAUACCUACCGUCACGGUGUGUAUGACCCAUGGAGCGCUACGAUUAAAGGUAUCUGUUCCAGCGAUACAGCACGACUUGAAGAGAUUAUUGAUAUGCUUGUUCGGCAUGGCGUCAAUACAUCUCAGCUCAAGGACAAUCCGGAGAAAUAUCAAGACGGUUUGAUCAGGCAAGCUCUGGCGAAGCAUCGAGAUUAUACUGCCGCGUGCUUGAAGCGUGCCCUUAGCCAGGCGUCAAAUUGUCGAGAUGCUCAAGAAAGCAGAGAUGUGGUCACCGAGCUGAUUGAGGGUAUACAGCACCGCGAAAAAGAAGCUGCACUCGGAGCCCUGAAAGCAUCAAGUUUCAUCGAUCCGGGUGCUGAGGGCCAAGUUGUCCCGCUGCAUCUUGUCACUCGCUUUCUCGCUAGAAGGGAGUAUCAUCUAGUCGAAGAGCUUUCUCGGCUUGGGGUCGGCUUUCUUCCAAAGACGCUCCCAGAGUUCAGGUAUGGUCGAGACGACACAUGCACCCUAUCACAUCUCAUACAGAUGGGCUUCGCAUCCCUUGUUGAGCGGAUAGGCUCUAUAGAAGCAGAGAGAAGGCUUGAAGCAGGAGACUGGCACGCUUUUGGAGACACCACACGGCCUGGUCUCUGGUACUCAAAGAGAGAUGGUCCACUCCCCUAUACGAGGCCUCUCAUCUUCGACGCAGUCCAGUGCGAAUUGCCCAACAUGGACAUCCUUCGACUGCUGGUUGAGCGAUUUGCCGUCGAUGUCAACGAAACGGACGAGUCUGACGAGGCUGCUCUCUUCCGUGUCGCCCGGGGCGACAACUGGUGGCAAGUUCACCAGGCAUUGCCCUAUCUGCUCGAUGCCGGCGCAGACAUUCACAUGCGUAACUCCAACGGCCAGACACCCCUCCACAUGGCCCUUCAAGCAGACGACAAUUGGUACGGCCCCUAUAACUGGGAGGCAGCCAGGAUCCUGAUCGAAAGAGGCGCAGAUGUAAACGCAGUCAACGGCAAGGGGCAGAGCUGUCUUGCGUGCGCGCAGCAUAACGUGGACAUGAUAGACUUCCUCGUCAACCACGGAGCCGUUGCAAACGUGGACUCCAUCUUCGGCGCCAUCGAGUCCGGCAACGUCAGAGUGCUCCGAGCGCUGUUGUCUGGAGGAGUUGACCCCAACACACGUCGAGAUGUGCCAUCUGGAGCUUCGCACGAAAGGAGGCUGUACAAUCUCCAACUGGAGCCACAGGAAGUGUUUCCUCUCUAUUAUGCCGCCAUGCAGUUGAACCCCCCUUGGCAUGCCACGGACAAUGCGUACGAGGAAUUUGCCAAGAGGGAGGAUAUCGUUCGGAUCCUCCUCCAGCAUGGAGCUGAUCCAUUUGCGAAGUUUUUGAAGAAAGACACAAAAGAGGCCAACGCGAACGACUUGUUGGGAGCGCAGACUCCUACCAUCGACGUGCCAAAGGGCUGGAAAGAAUGCACCCUGUUGCACGAGGCGCUAUACGGAGGCAUCUUAGCUGAUGUAUUCUUCGAACUUCCAACUCUCAAUGUCAACCACCGAGACGCAAAGGGACGCACUCUUCUCCACAUGAUAUGCGAGAACAGGUGCCAUCCAGACAGUGGCGGCCCAGAUCAUAUUGUUGGUUCAUACACGAAGCAUCACGGUGAUAGUCUCAAGGAGCGUGUCGCCGUCUUUGAACGGCUGCUGUCUCUCGGCGCAGACCUGGAGGCUACAGAUAACUUUGGUCGAAACGUCCUGCAUUACAUGCUCGGUGGCGAGGUCGACAUCGAGUCUUCUGCGUUCAGAAACUUCUUUGCUUAUACACUUGCCAAAGCUCCCUCGCUGAUGAACCAGCCAGAUGGAAAUGGCGAGACUCCAUUUCACUCUGCCGUGAUCCGAGCAGUCCGGAAGAACGCAACUGGCGGAGCAGAGAUGCUGUUGCAGGCCGGGGCAGAUUACACCGUCGUUAACAGGGACGGAGACACUCUGCUUCACAUACUAGGCCGCGGCCUUGCCAUUGCAACUUUGCGCGCGUUGUUUGAGACUCUCGUCAACCGAGGCCUUGACAUUAACGCUCGCAACAAUCGUGGCGAGACAGCUCUCUUUUCAUUCUACAGCUGCCCCAAGACGAACGCCAAUGCGCAGUACUUUCCUGAGCCAGAUAGACCUUCUGGGGAACAUACGACGGCACUGUUAGAGAAGCUUGGUGGUGACUUUUUAGCUAGAGAUGCUCGGGGACGAGGGCUGUUGCAUGUUGCUGCGGGCGGAGACGUGGAACGGUUCAGGGAGUUGAUGGAGUUGGGGCUUGAUGUUAUGGCGGAGGAUAAUGCGCAGCAGACGGCCAUUGAUGCGGCUGCUGCCUGUGGGAACAGGGAUAUCUUGGAGAUUUUUGAGAAGAAGAAGGACUGA